ACAAACGUACAAUAACAUUAGAAUCGUGAAAUUUAAAAGUAGGCAUGAAACAUGACUCCAGAGUAAAAAGAGCAUCUGGUUAAAAGAGAGGCUGUGCUUUGAGCAAUGAACACAUUUGAGGAAAAUGAAGAUGAAGCACUCAACAGCUACAUCAUCCAACUUGGUAUUCAUGAUUCCUGCCAAGAUGCAUUACUAAAAUCAACUGCCAGUUUAAAAGGUGGAACUGAUGAAAAUAUCAGAGUCCUGGCAGCCAUCAAGCAAGGUGACGUCUCGGUGCUCAGAGGAAUGCUCAAACACACUUUUGCCUUCAGAGAGUCAGACAGUCGUGGCUGGCUUCCCCUCCAUUGGGCUGCAUCCCAGCCAGUCCUGGAGGUUCUGGAGACCGUUCUGAAAUCUCAGGGGUCCAGUCUGGAGGAGAGGACGGGUAUUGGAGGAGAGACGCCACUGACACUGGCAGUGAAAUCAGGACUUUGGCAUAAUGUGAAGAUCCUGCUGGAGCACGGGGCAUCACCUCACAAUACCAACAUCAGAAAUGAGACACCACUGCUGCUGGCAGUCAAGGCUGUGUCUUACAAGCUGACUAACACACUGGUGGCUCACGGCGCGUGGAUAGAGCAGAUUUGCCAGAAGAGGUGGACUGCCAUGCAUGAGGCGGCCAAGGUGGGGAAUGUGGACAUCCUGAUGGUGCUGCUGAGAAAUGGUGGGCAGGUCAAUCAGAAGGAUGUGAUGGGAAUGACGCCAAUAGCUGUGGCUGCUGAACACGGACAUCUCCAUGUCGCUGAGAUACUGCUGAACUGUGGCAGUAAAGUCAACUCUCAGGCUUGCAAUGGGGAAAGUGUUCUGAUGGAAGCAGCUGGAUCAGGGAAAACUGCUUGUAUUCAGUUGUUGCUGGACAACGGAGCAGAUGCAAACCUUCCCAGUAAUUCUGGACAUCUACCAGUUCACAAGGCUGCAUAUGCUGGGCACUACAAUGCCUUGAAAAUGCUAAUCCCAGUCACCAGUAAGAAGGCCAUUAAAGACGCAGGUCAGAGUCCGGUCCACUCUGCUGCAGAUGGAGGCCAGAGCCACUGCCUGCAGCUCCUGCUAGCCUGUGGCUUUGAUGUCAACUACCGCAUGAGCAAAAGAAACUCUGAAAACUAUCAAGACUUGAGGAGAAGUUCCUUGUAUUUUGCCGUCUCCAAUGCAGAUGUGGAGUGCACUAGAAUCCUGCUGGCAGCAGGAGCAAAGACCAACUUGGAUCCCCUGCACUGCCUCCUGGUGGCGGUCAGGUCUGGGUGUUAUGAGAUUGUGAAGCUGCUGCUGGCAGCCAAGGCAGAUGUAAACUGUUACUUCACAGUGGUGAGUGACACAGUGUUUCCCACAGCGCUACAGUACUGCCUGAAGGAUGAGGUGAUGAUGCGACUGUUGCUUAACAAUGGCUACAAUGUAGAGAGAUGCUUUCGCUGUCACCAUGACAACUCACAUGAUGGCUUUGAAGAAAUGGAUUUGAAAAUUUCUUUCUGUGAGUUCAUCAGUCUCUGCUGCCUGAAACAUCUGUCUGGGACUGUGGUCCGGAUUUUACUUGACUAUGUCAACCAGGUCCAUCUCUGCUCUAAACUCAGAUUCAUCUUGGAAAAGCAGAGACAGUGGCCUGAGAUCUGCAAAGUCCUCUGCAGUCCUCGCUCUCUCGGGCAUCUCUGUAGACUGAAGGUCAGGAAGUGUUUGACCACGAAGAGACUCAACAACCCUGAAAUCCUGAACUCUGAUCUCUUUCCUCCAAGGCUGAAGCGCUUCAUUUUGUAUGAGGACCUGAACCUUUACGGCCCGGAGCAUAAAUCAGUCAUGUGAAGAUCAGCAGAAGCUUUCAUCAGACAGAUUCUCCUGCAGCUGCAAAUCUUUUUCAUUUCUUGUUUGUUAAUAAAAAAUUGUUUAACUUG